GAGUAAGGUGGACGAUCUCGAACAUGAAAGUGCAGUAUCUCUACGCACACACUAUCAGUCGUUGGCUUUUACAUGUCGCAGCCUAUUCGAUGUGUCGUAAUGUCAUGAUUCGUUCGGUAAAAAUUCGGUGCGGUGAAUUUUUGUGAGGAUUGUGACUCAUGCGGUUUGGUCUCUGGAUUAACUACAUCUAGCAAAGAAAAUUACCCUGGUGUCUGUUGGUUCGUAGAGAACGUCUUUGAUGUGUCUACCGUAGUAUGGUUAAUCUAAGUGGAGGUGUAGUUUGGUGCUACAAGGACAACAAAUGGACUCCCCUUCAGCUAUCUUCCAUCCGACUCCAUGGCGUGCUGACUCAAGCCCAUUGGGCAGCCAUAUCCGAGUUCCUUCGCAGAGUAGCCAACAAAGACCUUAUACUUCAAGAGAAUGGAUUCACAGAACUUACCGAUCAGCAUAAGGAACUCAUGCUCCAGAACGUGGACGCCAAGAACUUAAACUUAGAUAGUGAAAAUGUGAUAAAACUGACUGACAACGGCAUUACCGAACGCAAAGUGAGCUUAGGUCAAAUUCCGGAAGACAAAAUAGUAGAACAACCGCGAAGGCCGUCCAUGCCCGAGCUAAGAUCCAUAGAUAGGGAUAAUUUAUUUAUUAAUAAUUUAUUAAAAUCGCAGACUGAUAAAAAGACUGAUAGGUUAUCCAAGGACAGCGACGAGCUGGUCUUGAGGCUGCUCAAGAAGUAUUGCAAAUACAGUAAGGAUGCUCUCGACGACGAAAUUGUCAGUGCCAUCGAAAAGAUCCCCGACGAAGAACCUGGACCCAAUUCGAGAAAGAGCAGUAGAUCCGAGUUCGAGCCCAAGUCCACGAUGCUCGAUCUCGAAAGCAAGCCGAGGAGACGGAAGAUGGGAUACGUGCCCACUGAGGAUAAAAUCUACGAGAACCUCAACGACUUCCCGCUGGAUUGCAUGGAAGAGGACCGCAACGAACACGUGAUCCGCUGGCUCAAGCAGCAGAACAACCAAACAAGCUUCGACAAUGGACACUCUUCGUUGGAGAUCGCUAUCUCUUCUCCCACAGACAGCAGGAAGUCGAGCCUGGUCGAGAGGAAAUCGUCUUCGUCGGGCUUCGAGUCGCGAAAAUCGAGCAUCACAACGCCUUCGACGCCAGAAAGCAGGAAAAGCUCGUGGUGUGAUAGUACAUUGAAUAGCAGGAAGAGCAGUGUCGGUUCGAAUAGUAGUUGUUCGGAAUGUGAGGAAGGCGAUGCGCAAUCGCACUGGCAGAAGUUCCUCAAGAAGCAUCUGAGUUCGAAAAACUCGGAAAGGAGGCUGAGGAAGCAGUGGCAGGCUUGGAGCAGGAACAGGCGGAAACUGAGCUCAUCUUCGGAUACCCAGGUUGGGGAGCUUACCAGUCAGCAAUGGUAUUUUCGGAAAAUAAAACGCAUAGAAGCUGAAAAGAAGCUGCUUCUUCCAGAAAAUGAGCACGGAGCCUUCCUCAUCAGAGAUUCUGAGAGUAGACAUAAUGAUUAUUCUCUAUCAGUUCGUGAUGGAGAUACCGUGAAGCAUUAUAGAAUAAGACAAUUAGACGAAGGUGGAUUUUUCAUAGCCCGAAGAACUACUUUUAGGACCCUUCAAGAAUUAGUGCAACAUUACAGUAAUGAUGCAGAUGGUUUGUGCGUUAAUUUGUGCAAACCGUGUGUGCAGGUGGAGAAACCGCAACCUGAAGGUUUGUCGCAUCGCACCCGAGACCAAUGGGAAAUCGAACGAACCUCCCUGAAGUUCAUCCGGAAACUGGGCCACGGACAGUUCGGAGAGGUGUGGGAGGGCAUGUGGAAUAACACCACCCCAGUGGCGAUCAAGACCCUGAAACCGGGCACCAUGGACCCCAAAGAUUUCCUCGCCGAGGCUCAAAUCAUGAAAAAGCUGCGGCACCAGAAGCUCAUCCAGCUGUACGCUGUCUGUACGGUGGAAGAGCCGAUUUAUAUCAUCACGGAGCUGAUGAGGAACGGCUCGCUGUUGGAGUUUCUGCAAGGGAAGGGCAAAGGGCUCAAGCUGACGCAGCUGAUCGACAUGGCUGCGCAGAUUGCGGCCGGCAUGGCCUACUUGGAAUCUCAGAAUUACAUUCACAGGGAUCUUGCUGCGAGGAAUGUGCUGGUGGCUGACGGAAAUGUCGUGAAGAUUGCAGACUUCGGACUAGCCAGGCUGAUAAAGGAAGAUGAAUACGAGGCUAGAGUGGGAGCAAGGUUCCCCAUAAAAUGGACUGCACCUGAGGCUGCCAACUAUAGCAAAUUCUCUAUAAAGUCUGACGUUUGGUCCUUUGGCAUCCUUCUUACUGAACUAGUGACCUAUGGCAGAAUACCUUAUCCAGGUAUGACGAACGCCGAGGUCCUGCACCAAGUAGAACACGGCUACAGGAUGCCGGCGCCCCCCAGCUGCCCCCCGGCGCUAUACGACAUAAUGCUCGAGUGCUGGAACAGAGACCCGAUGCGACGACCUACCUUCGAGACCCUCCAAUGGAAACUGGAGGAUUUCUUCACCAUGGAGGGCUCAGAAUACAAGGAGGCCUCGGCCUACUGAGGUCACGCCCACCCCCCUGCCGAUUGGUUGCGUAACUCCAUCGAGGUGCACUACCAUUGAUAGGGAGGUGGAUAUCUAUUUAUCAGAUAACAAUAGAUAGAUAUGCCGUACUUUUUUUUAUCAACUUUAUUGACCUAUUUCGUACUGUUCGGACAUAUUCGUUAUUGGAGAUUUUUAGCUGGAUAAGAAAAACACCUGGUUAUCUGGAUAAUCAUACGUAUAAUCUCACAGAUGAGUUCAAAUUCAUCUGAAACUAGAGUCUCUUUUUUAAGUGCUCCAAUUCAUAUUAUUAAGGCUAAUUUCUUGCAAAAUUGCUUCUAAAAAAUGUAAUGAAUAACUUUAUACAAGGUGAAACUUUAUAAGAAUGGAAAGACUUAUCUAGUGGGUCGUCCCAGUAAAUAAAGUUCGAAUGAUCACAUGAUCAUAUAUCCACCCUUUUAUCACACUUGUAGAUCACAAUACAGCACCACAUACCACAGCGAAUAAAGGUGGGGAGAAGUUGAAGUAUAUGUUAAAACAUAAGCACAUUACAUUUUUCUCCGAUUGGCAGCAAAUAUUGAUUUUGCUGACACAUAUCAAUCAGCAAAGUAUUACUUUUCCUGCCUAGGCAGCAAAGUGAUUAUACUCAAUGAGAAUAAAACAUUUGACGUAAACAUUUAUUAGCAAUUAUUACAUUACACUUUUAACAAGAAUUAAAAAAACAUAUGUUUAGUUGCUAUUAACAUUGAUGGUAAAAUUACUACAAUUUUGAACGAAUAGGCCACCUUUUCUUUCCUCAGAUAUCGUUCUCUCUACAUUAAUUAUAUUACCAGUAUGAUUCCUCUCAUAAGUAGUUCCUAUAUUCGUCAAAACUUUCUCACAAAUGCUGGUUUUACUGGCCAUUGAAUCUUCAAUGUACCCUUCUGCUAUAGUUGAGGAUUUCCACCCACCAUGUCUUCAACAUUGUUAUGUCACAAGUGGCAGAACUUCUGCGGAGGCAGUGUCCCGUAUAUUCCUUAGCAUUCGGCAACUUUAAAUAGACAGCUAUUUCUUGAGGUAUUUUACCAAAUUUAUGGAUUCCAACGAAUUGCUUUAUGGAUUUACCUUUUGCGUAUUUGAAAAAAAAUCUUGUGUCUUAAUUCAGCAGGCCGAAGAGCUAUAUAUUUUCUAACAACAUCCAAAUAUUCCAUUAUUACGAAAGACCUCGAAAUCUUCGUCUUCGUGUUUAAUAGGGAUACCAAUAGUUUAUUGUUCAUAUCUUCAAUAUUUUCUAACUUUAAAUUCAAAAGUUCGUCGCAGCGACAUGCACCCGCAAUUCC